CCGCGGGUUCGAGCCGGGGGGAAUCCCCACCGCGUGCUUUCCUUUGCAACUCGCGGACCCAAGUCGCUUUUUCCCCCCCUCUCUGCGCUGCCAGUUUUGGGAGACCGGAUCGCUAUCCGGCAGCUAGAGUCGUUUCCCCGUCGGAAAGAGAAAUCAACAUGGAGCAAGCCGUGGGGGAAGAGAUCGACCCAUCGCUGAGCCUCCCCUUAAGCCAAGAUACCUUUGAGGAGAUCUGGACGUCCCAAAUCACCAAUCUGUUUGCUGAAUCGGAGAUGAUGCCCGCUUCCAUCCAGCAAGCCACUGUCGCUUUCCACCAAGAAGCGGGCAGUUCCAUGGAUCAAACCAACUUUGGCUUGUUGGCAGCUGGUGCUCCGUUGGUGCAUCUGGCUGAAAGCUAUACGGCGGGAGAAGACUACAGCAACUUUUCGGGUUUGGGAGAGUUUCCGGUGGACUCCCAAUUCCAGCUCAAUGAGCCCAAAGAUUAUGGGGCCGGGGAGAGCUGCGUCUUCCCCCCCACCGAAGACCAUGCUGGCCAGUUCGACUUCGAUCUGGAGUUUGAGAAGUCGGGCACCGCCAAGUCGGUCACUUAUACGUUUUCGCCGGAGCUGAAUAAGCUGUAUUGCCAAAUGUGCAAAACCUGUAAAGUGCUGGUGAAGACCUCCGGGACCCCCCCGCUCGGUUCUGUCAUCCGGGCCAUGGCCGUUUACAAGCAGUCUGAACACAUGGCCGAAGUGGUUAGGCGCUGUCCCACUCACGAACGGCAGCCUAUGCACAACGACGAGGUGACCCCCGCCGACCAUCUCAUCCGGGUCGAAGGAAACCCCCAGGCCCGUUACUACACAGACCCAGCCACCAAACGGCACAGCGUCUGCGUUCCUUACCAGAAGCCACAGGUGGGGAUGGCGUGUUCCAUCAUCCUGUACAAUUACAUGUGCAACAGUUCGUGUAUGGGUGGCAUGAACCGACGCCCCAUCAUAGCCAUCCUGACGUUGGAGACCUCACAUGGGGAGAUUCUGGGACGCCGAUGUUUUGAGGUUCGUAUCUGCGCCUGCCCCGGACGAGACCGACGGUCGGAGGAGCUGGCGAAAGAAAAAGCCUUGGAAACUACGAAAAAGAGUAAAUUGGAAGGAGCUCCUUCGCAAGGCCAGCGUCCCUGUGCCCCAAGCCGGAGACCAGUGCAAAUCCCGCCACAGAAAGACGAAGACGAAUCGGGAGGCAUUUACACGCUCGUUAUUCGCAACCGGAGACAUUACAACACCUUAAAAGAAAUUUUAGACGCGUUGGAGUACAAGGAAGCGCACGAGAAGGAGAACUCGGAGGGCUGCAAGACCGGGAAAAGCCUCCUGAAGAGCCGGAAACGAGGAAGCAAGCUGACCUCCUCUCAUCAAAUGAAAGUCUGCGUGAAGGAUGAGACCCCGGACUCCAAUUAGUGGGGGGGGGGCUGGUUUCCCGUACCCCACUCCCCCACCCCAAUAUAUUUUGACCUUGUUUAUUAA